AUGUCAUCCGCCCUCCGCACCUCAUCUCUCCGCAGUCUCGAAGAGCGAAGACUAUCUCGUAAUCGAAAGUCUGGCUCAGGUCUCAAGUGGGAACCAGAAGAUGAGAAGAAGUUUAUCGGUGAAAUGUUGCCCGACGACAGGCGCAAGCUCGACGCCCUCAUGAAUUAUCACCUCGGCGAGCUGGAUCGUCUCAAGAAGUUUGUCGUGCGCCUCAACGAUGAUAAGGAGCAACAUGAGGUUCGCCUGGCAAGUGCAAAGCAUCGAGCCGAUGAUGUCGGCAUGAUGGCUUCGGUCGUCUACGCAGCAGAGCUCGUCCGAGACGUCACCAAGAUGAGGGACAGCUAUCUUCGCUACGUCGUCUUUCACAAGGAGGAACUUGAGAUGAUUGGCAAGAAAGUGGUCGAGAUGAAGAAGCGAAGUGGAGAGAAGGCAACUACACCGGAGGUGGUGACGAACAUGUUGAGUCGAUGGUACGAGUGGGAAAUACUCUUCUCUGCAUGA